UGCUGGCGGACCCGCGGUCAGUUUGCAGCUGCGGGAGGCCAUGGGGCGCUUCGCCGCUACGCUGGUGGGCUCGCUGUUCGGUCUGGGGCUGCUGCUGUGUGGUCUAGGCAGGCUGGCGAGCGCCGAGCCCCGGGCCCCUCCGGAAAAGAUCGCAAUAGUUGGUGCUGGAAUCGGUGGUACUUCCUCGGCCUAUUAUCUUCGGAAGAAAUUUGGGAAGGACGUGAAGAUUGAUGUGUUUGAAAGAGAAGAAAUCGGGGGCCGUUUGGCUACUUUGAAGGUGCAAGGUCAUGACUACGAAGCAGGGGGUUCAGUCAUUCACCCUCUAAAUUUGCACAUGAAGCGAUUUGUCAAAGAGCUGGGUCUCUCCAGUGUGCCCGCUUCAGGUGGCCUGGUGGGAGUGUACAAUGGGAAGUCUCUGGUGUUUGAGGAGAGCAGCUGGUUUAUAAUCAACGUGAUUAAGCUGGUGUGGCGCUAUGGAUUUCAGUCCCUGAGAAUGCACAUGUGGGUAGAAGACCUGCUCGACAAGUUCAUGAGGAUCUAUCGUUACCAGUCCCAUGACUAUGCCUUCAGUAGCGUAGAAAAGUUGAUGUACGCCAUUGGAGGGGAUGACUAUGUCAGACUGCUCAACCAAACUCUCCGUGAAAACCUGAAGAAAGCAGGCUUCUCUGAGACGUUCCUCAAUGAGAUGAUCGCUCCUGUCAUGAAGGUCAAUUUUGGCCAAAGCACUGACCUCAAUGCUUUUGUGGGUGCAGUAUCAAUGACUGCUGCUGAUUCCAACCUUUGGGCAGUGGAAGGUGGUAAUAAAGUUGUUUGCUCAGGGCUCCUUCAGGCCUCUAACAGCAAUCUUAUAUCUGGCUCUGUAAUGUCAAUAGAGAAGACAAGGACCAAGCAGACAGGAACCCCCCCGAAGAUGUAUGAAGUGGUUUAUAAAACAGGAUCUGAGAUCCAUUCUGACUUCUAUGACAUUGUCCUUGUGGCUGCCCCAUUGAAUCGGAAGAUGUCCAACAUAACCUUCCGAAAUUUUGAUCCCCCCAUCGAGGAAUUCAAUGACCCAUAUCAACAGCUCGUGACAACUCUCAUCAAAGGAGAGCUCAAUUCUACCCUCUUCAGCUCCAGGCACAAGGAUCAGUUCGGCCUGUCUGCGAUUCUUGUCACUGAUGACUCAGAUAUGUUUAUCAACAGCCUGUCCAUUGUGGCCUCUGUAAGUCAUAAGGAGGGUCCCCCACCGGCAGUGGAUGGCAUGCAUGUGUGGAAGACCUUCUCCAAGGACAUUCUCACCAAAGAACAAAUCUCAAAGCUCUUCCUGUCCUACGAUUAUGCUGUGCGGAAGCCGUGGCUGUCCUACCCUUACUACAAUCCUCCUCAGAAGUGUCCCUCCAUUAUCCUCCAUGACCGGCUCUAUUACCUCAAUGGCAUCGAGUUUGCUGCCAGCUGCAUGGAGAUGAGUGCCAUCGCUGGCUACAACGCAGCGCUCCUUGCCUACCACCGUUGGAACGGCAAUGAGGACAUGAUCGAUCAGGACGACCUGUAUGAAAAGCUUAAGACAGAACUGUAAUUGAGCACUGCCCCUCCCCAGAGCACCCUGCUCUCCAAGGAUUGAGUCAACAAAGUCUUCCCCAGCACCUCUCUUGUGGGUCGUGAAGCGUCCCUGUUCCUCGGAGAACUCGAUGUUCUGUCAGAAUGUCUUCGCGCUUUGGUUUUGGGGGAGGUGCAGGAUUGAACCUGAGGCCCUGUGCAUGCUGGGCAAGCGCUCUGCUACUGAGCUGAGCUACACACCUCGCCCUCAUCCAUGGUUUUGUUUUUGGUUUUUUUUUUUUUCAGACUGGGUCUCACUAAGUUGUCCAGGUGGAAUCCUCCCGCCUCAGCCUCCAAAGGGCCUGGAAUUACAGGCCCUCCAUAUUAGGCCUGGUUGUUAACCAUUUGAAGAAACAUUUGAGUGUUUCCCAGGCUUGUCCAGUUUUAAGAGUCAUCUGGAACUUGAUAGACUUGUCAGCCUGGGUUUGCUUAGGUUGUAAUCUUUCUCUCUCUUCUUCUUCGGGGGCAGUUAACAACUAGGUCUUAGUCUGCACCCUAGGCUGGAACUCAUUAUUAAGCCCAGGUUGGUCUUUAAAUCACAGCAAUCCUCCUGUCUCAACCUCCUAUGGGCUGGAUACAGGUGUUUCCCAGUUCCUGGAAGUUUACACUUUUUUGAUGUAAAUGUUCUCAAGCCUAAAGUCAGACUUUAAGAAUGUGA